ACCGGAGAGCUGCGGCGGGGCACCCUCAGCCUGCGGGCGCCCCUCAGCCUGAGCGCCUCCCCGCGCGCCCCCGGCAUGGAGCCGGGCGGGCUGGAGUGGCUGCUGGUGCCCAUGCAGCAGCUGGUGUCGUGGGGCGCCGCGGGGGCCAUGGUGUUCGGCGGCGUCGUGCCCUACAUCCCCCAGUACCGGGACAUUCGGCGCACCCAGAACGCCGACGGCUUCUCCAGCUACGUCUGCCUGGUGCUGCUGGUCGCAAACAUUCUGCGGAUACUUUUUUGGUUUGGAAGGCGUUUUGAAUCCCCUCUUUUGUGGCAGAGCAUUAUCAUGAUCAUUACAAUGUUACUGAUGCUGAAACUGUGCACUGAAGUUCGUGUGUCCAAUGAGUUGAACGUGAAGCGCCGCUCUUUUGCAGCUGCAGAUAGUAAGGAUGAAGAAAUCAAAGCACCUCCCAAGAGAUCCUAUCUGGAUUUUGACUUGAACUACUUUUGGCAUUGGAGCAAGUUUACAGACUACGUGCAGUGCGUCCUCACCUUCACUGGUGUGACUGGUUACAUCACUUACCUGUGGCUGGACUCUUCCCUGUUUGUGGAAACGCUGGGCUUCCUUGCUGUGUUCACCGAGGCCAUGCUGGGCGUGCCCCAGCUAUACCGCAACUACCAGAACAGAUCGACAGAAGGAAUGAGCAUCAAGAUGGUGCUGAUGUGGACCAGUGGGGACACGUUCAAGACUGUUUACUUCAUCCUGAAUCAGGCCCCUUUCCAGUUCUCCAUCUGUGGACUCCUGCAGGUAUUUGUGGACAUCGCUAUCCUGUUGCAGGUUUACUUGUACAGCCACUACCCUCAGAAGCCUGUGUCCCACACUGCACACCCAGCCAGCACCAAGGCCCUGUGAGCAACUUGGCUGGGCAGGUCGCAGGUCAGCAGAGUCAGCCAUGGCAUCUCUUCUUCCACUUGUAAAUACUCCUGUGUUGCCAAGUUGAAAGCAGAAAUGAGAACAAGGAUGGAAAAUACGGCUGCAUGUCCAACUGGGGAGGUUCUGUGUUAAAUAACCUGCUCUGUUUUCAGACUUAGCUGUACAGAACUGUUUCUUGGUGGGGGGAGGGGCACUUUAUUUUUGCAUACGUACCUAUGAGCCUUAUUAAUUCACAAAUGUUUGUAUAUUUAAUCACAAGGGCUGGAUGGUUUGUGUUUUUAAUGCUAUUUAAAAAUGUUACACCACAAAAAUUAUAGGAUAUUUUGUCUGAAACUUCUACCUAUUUAUAAAAUAUAAAGUCUGUAUAUUGAUGGGAAGUUUGUGGCAUAUACUAGCAUUCAGUAUCUCCGUGAUGGAGGAAGAAGUAUUGAAGAGCAAAUCCAGGAGCUUUCUCUUUUCUCUGUAAGGGUGUCUGGUGAGAAAAGGUGGGGGUGGGAGGCCCUGCAAAGACAUGAGCAACUAGAAAUGAGCUGGCCACAGAGGCUGUAAAGCUAAAGAGUGAGCAGGUGUUCAUCCCCCCUGCAGGAGGACACAUGGAGGAGAGAUGAUGGAGGGGGUCUGAUGGUGCUGGAGUCACAUUGAGAGCUGGCACAGCAGUCAAGCAUCCAGGCAAAAGGAGGAGACUUCAGGGAACUUAGUCGUGCUUUGAAACCAUGGGAUGUGGGAAUAGCCUGCCCUGCACUUGGAGAGCAGCACUGCCCCUGCAGCUGUGCACAGGACAGAGCUGUGCUGUAGGGUGUGGUGUCUGUUCCAAACCAAGGGGCCAGCAGACAGGUGUUGCCAGUAUUGCCAGGCAAGUAUUUCUAGAUGGUGAUUGAGCCACAGAGAUAGAAGCAGGUCCAUUUUUAUUGGCUCAGAAAUGAAGAAGUUUAAGACAGAGAAAAGUAGGACCAGCAUCUGACAGCUUGAUUUGUUGAGGCUGAGAUUCGUAUUCAUGUUGUUCAAUGCCAAACAAGAACCAGGUUAUGUUUUGAGGUGUUUCCUGCAUUGGCCCAACAAGGAAGGAGUCCAUGUUUCCCUUUUACUGUUAUGAAUUUUAGGCUUUUACAAAAGAGAUUCUUCUCUUUUAGAUGAAUCAGCAGCCUGUACUGAGAGGGACUGAGAAAGCCGAAAGAGCAGAGUUUAUGUUUUCUUUAAAGGCUAUUAGCCAGCAUAGGUCAUUGUGCUCUGUCUGUGACAUGCAGCUGCUGGUGGUGUGGACCCCUGGGGACUGUGACCAAGCCCUGGGCUCCUGUUGUGACACUGCUGUCAUGAUACUGCCCCUGGUGAUGUGAGGAGAUUGUAGCAAGGUCCUUGGUCCCAGGAGUGGCUAUGCCUGUGCUGCUUCCUUCAUGAGGCUUCCUCUGCUGGGUGAGUCCCGUCUGGCCACAGGCAAGGUGUUGGACAGAAUUUUCAGGAUAAUUUUUUCUGUAAGAAUAGCCCAAGAGAUUGUUUUCUUAGCAGCAGCAAGUCUGAGGUUUGAUAACUUCAGUGUGUAAAUCAGUUACUUCCCCUACUGCGCUUUCUUUGGGAACCUCACAAUUUGAGUCUGGACUGUCUUCAUUGGUGGCAAACUGUCCAGUGGAGGGGAAUCACACUGUGCCCAGGCACUGACUUCACGCUCUUUGUUCAAUACCAUACUCUUCUAGGCCUGAAGUGACCUUACAAAGACAAUGUACUCAGCAUGGCAGACUAUGAAUGUUUUGUUCCUCUCUUUUCUCCAGUGUUCUGGUUGUGUUACAAGAACAUCUGGGCUUUUGUCUUUUUUAAUUGAAAAACUUUACAACUGGCUUCUCCGGUAUGCUGCUUUAAUGAGGAUUGUAUUUCUACUGUUUGAAAACAAACACUUUCUUGUGUGUUUUAAUGGUCUGAAGGUUUUU